AUGCAGCAUGAAACUUCUGAAAUCAGAUCUCUUCUCAAUGAACUUCCGACGAAUGUUAAUAUUCUUCUUGUGGAUUCCAAUUUAGUCACUUUACUUAAUACGAAGACAAUCAUGCAACAAUGCGAAUAUGAAGUGACGGUUUAUUCGGAUGCGGAAGAAGCUCGUGCGUUUCUAACAACUACUAAACAAAAGAUUGAUAUUGUGGUUUGGGAUUUUCAUAUGCCUAAAGUUAAUGGAAUUGAAGCUCUCAAAAUUGGUUCAGAGAGGGAUUUGCCCGUCGUAAUUAUAUCCGAUGAAAAUCAAAGAGAAUCGGUGAUGCAAGCAACCAUACAUGGUGCUUGUGACUAUGUUAUGAAACCGGUUAGCAAAGAGGUCAUAGCCAACAUGUGGCAACACAUUGUACGCAAGAGGAUGAUGUCUAAACCCGGCUUAACUCAACCUGUUCAAUCAGAUCUGGUUCAGAGCCACGGUUUAGGCCAAGACAACGAUGAUUCUAGGACCGUAGGCAGAGGUAUCGAUAAAGAAGAAAAUUGGACCGGAGAAAUUCAACAGGUUCAAUCAGAUCUGGUUCAGACGACUGACGUUUUCGACCUAGAAAACUAUGAUUUUGAGACCAUAGACCAAGAGAACGCUGAACGAAACAUCGAUAAGGAAGAAGAAAAUGCGGCCAAGAAAGCGCGAAUUAUGUGGACAAGUUCAGUUCAACCAGAUCUGGCCCAGACGGAUGGUUCAUACCGAGACAACGGUGAACAAAACAUCAGUAAGAAAGAAGGGAAAAGACCGAGGAAACCGCGGAUGACAUGGACCGGAGAUCUUCACCAGAAGUUUCUUCAAGCAAUUGAAAUAGUUGGUGGUAUUGAAAAAGCUAAUCCAAUGUUAGUCCUCAAAUGUUUGAAAGAGAUGAGCAUUGAAGGACUCACUAGAAGCAACGUGGCCAGUCAUCUUCAGAAGCACCGUAUCAAUCUUGAUGAAAAACGAAUCCCUCAACUGGCGCUAUCGAUUGGUCAGUCCACUGGGUAUAGAACUUCGUCUCUCCUAGGCCAGAACAAUGAUCAGUUUGGUCGGUCCAUUGCGUAUAAACCCUCGUCUCUCCUAGCCCCAAGCAAUGCUCACUCUUCAAUACCGUCGUACCUUCUGAAUGAUCGAGCCUCGAACCCGAUGAUUAACCAGAAUCAGUAUCCCAAUGGUUACUUGACAAUGAACAAUAACCAGUUCAUGACCAGUCCUCUGCCUCGUUUGCCCUAUUUAGACCAUCCCCAACAGCAGCAACAAUAUCAGUUUGCUCAUCAAAUGGAUUACGCGAUGAACAUGAAUGAACCUGAACAAUACCAGUUUUCUCACAAUCUCCAGCCGCAGCAUCAGCAACAAUACCAGUUUCCUCAUCAAAUGGAUUACGUGGUGAACAAGAAAGAACCUGAACAAGUCUAUGGCACCGACCGCGAGCUCAUUUAUCCAAAUUUGCCCUAUGAUCCAAAUGAGUUUUGGAUGAAUGGCUAG